AAGUCCAUAGUUGGUGGCAGUAUACAAGCAACAUGUCUACAAAAAAUUACUAAUAAAUUUAAUGACUUAGGUGCUACAGUAGAAUGGGUAGAUGCUACAAAAAUGAUUGAAGAAAUGCGAGUGGACGUUCAGAAUGUCUUAUCUUGGAAAAAACUAGCUGUUGAACGAAUUGCAGAAGUGGCAGAACAUGCAGCUGCUGGAUAUCAAUUUGAUAAAAAUAUUAAACAUGAAUAUUAUAAUGCUCGAAUGGAAGAGAAAGAGGUUGAAAUAGAAAAUAAUGAAAUUGAUUCUAAUGAUGUAGUAACUAAAAGAAAGCCCAAAAAGAGUAUUAGAGAUCUAGAUAUGAAACCGCACAGAAAUUUUGCUAAUGCUCCUGUAAAUUUUAAACAUAGCUCUGUUCAUGUACCUACAAAUGUUUAUGAUAAAGAUCCCAAGGUUCUCAACUCCAUAAAAUGGUCAGAAUAUCUCACUCCUGCAUUUCGAAAUAAUCUUGCUGUUGAUCCAUCCCUAAAUUGGCAAUAUUUUGGGAGUAAUACUGGUUUUUUACGCACAUUUCCUGCCACAACUUGGGUGAAGGAAGGCAGGGAAAAGCCAGACCUUUAUGAUUGCCGAACUCGCUCUUGGUAUGUAAAAGCUGCAGCCUCAGCAAAAGACAUAGUUAUACUUGUUGAUAGUAGUGGAUCUAUGACAGAUGUUGUGGCUGAUAUUCUUUUAACAUUAACAGAAGAUGAUUUUGUCACUAUUCUUGGUUUUUCGGACGAAGUCACUCCUGUUGUUCCUUGCUUUGAAAAUGCUUUGGUCCAAGCAAAUGAAGAAAAUAUACGAGAAUUUAUGAAGCAUAUGAAAAAAAUGGAGACAGCAAAUAUAGCAAAUUUUACAUUGAGCUUGAUAACAGCCUUUGAAGUUCUCCAAAAAUACAAUCGAUCUGGAUUGGGUACUCAAUGUAAUCAAGCUAUUAUGAUAAUUACUGACGGAGCUCCUAAUACAUUUGAAGACAUAUUUAGGCGUUACAAUUACCCAAAUAUACCUGUCAGAGUAUUUACAUACCUAAUUGGUAAGGAAGUUACUGAAUCACAUGAAGUAAAUUGGAUGGCCUGUGCAAAUAAAGGUUUUUAUACACACAUGGCUACACUUUCUGAGGUUCGGGAUAAAGUUCAGAAAUAUGUGCCAGUUAUGAGCAGGCCUGUUGUUUUGUCUGGUACACGACCAUUUGUAUGGACAUCUGUCUAUGCAGAUGUGCCGGCAACUGACCUCAACCUAGCAGAAUGGAAAGAUAGAGAAUUUGAGCAAAUUCGUAUCAAACUAAAUCAAAUGCGAAUUCAGCAGUGGCAUUCUGCCCAAGAAGAUGAAGAUUAUGCUGAUCCUGAUAGUACACCUGAGCCCGAACACGAAACAAAAGAGAUUAGGCCUCUUCAAUUAAUGACUACAGUUGCCACUCCAGUAUUUGAUAAACGAAAUAUCAAGUCCGCUAGUUUAUUGGGAGUGGCUGGUACUGAUGUUCCUAUCAGGGAAAUUACUAAAUUAACAAGAGCUUAUAAGAUUGGAGUCAAUGCUUAUUCAUUUGCAAUUACAAAUAAUGAGCAUGUACUUUUUCAUCCAGAGCUUAGACCAUUGUUUCAAGAGUUACUUAAGCCAGGAUACAGAAAUGUUGACCUAACAGAGGUUGAGUUAGUUGACACAAAUUCCGGUUUGUAUGAAUUUGAAGAUCAGUUGCUAAUAAUAAGAAAAAACAUGGUAGACAGAAGAAUAGGUUGGGGGAAAAUGGCUGUGAAAAUUCCAAUUGAAGGCUUUCAGAAAAGAAUUGUUACUCGGAAUAAUUCUUACUACUAUGGACCUAUUGAUGACACUCCUUUUUCAUUAGCUGUUUCUUUGCCUGAACCUUAUGGCCAUUAUAGAGUAAUCGGAAAAGUUGAAGUAAAAAGGAAAGAAGAAGAUUGGAUGGACUAUUUUCGUGGUGAUAACUGGCGAGUCCAUCCUGAUUGGGUAUAUUGUGAAAACCCCCAAAAAGAGGAUGAUGGUUAUACAUCUGCUGAAGACAGUAUUAGAACGUUUUUAACUGAUUCUCUUGCUAAUCAAAAUUUUAGAUGGAGAACAAGCAGCACUCGUCCCCCAAUAUUUGACAAACCAAUAUGUGAGU